CGGUAUGAUGGAAUAAAGCAAAAUGGAUCUUUAAAUUGUGUGUGCUUCUUUUAAUAGUGAAGUAGUUGUUAGUCAAUGCAACCUUAGGCGUUCACCAUGGGUCAUCUGGAAACAGCCGUUUUAUGUUUUAAGCAUAGGGGUUAGGCUACGUACAUCCGACCCCCCUUACCCCGCAAUAGACGGGAGCCUUUAAGGCACUGGUAAUGUUGUUCUUUUGUAUAUACUUGGGGCAUUUAAUAUUGAGCUUUAGAUGCUAAUUUAAGAAAUGUAUGCCAGGGUACAUUUUGCAUUGCUUCUUGGGGUGGAACUCUGGUUGCUGUUAAGAAAUUUGGUGAGGAGCUCUUCAUGGAUGAAGAGAAAGUCCAAGCAUUUAGGGAUGAGCUUGCUUUACUGCAGAAAAUACGUCACCCAAAUGUUGUUCAAUUUCUUGGGGCUGUUACUCAGAGUAGUCCUAUGAUGAUUGUUACAGAAUAUUUACCCAAGGGAGAUCUGCGUGCAUUUUUGAAGAAAAAAGGUGCACUAAAGCCCAUAAUUGCAGUCAAGUAUGCACUGGAUAUUGCAAGAGGAAUGAACUACUUGCAUGAACAUAAACCUGAAGCUAUAAUCCACAGAGAUCUGGAGCCUUCAAAUAUACUACGGGGUGAUUCUGGACUUCUAAAGGUUGCUGAUUUUGGACUAAGCAAACUUAUGAGAUAUACAAAUGCGAUAAAAGAAGAUAAGCCUUUGACAAGUCAGGAGACUUCGUGGCGAUAUGUAGCUCCGGAAGUUCUUAAGAAUGAGGGAUAUGAUACUAUGGUUGAUGUUUUCUCAUUCGCACUAAUUCUGCAGGAGAUGAUUGAAGGCUGUCCUCCUUACCCAACAAAGCCAGACAUUGAAGUUGCCAAAGUGUAUGCUGCGAAUGAACGUCCACCCUUUAGGGCCCCAGUGAAACUUUAUGCUCAUGGACUCAGAGAGUUAAUUGAAGAGUGUUGGAGUGAGAUUCCCUCUAGAAGACCAAUUUUCAGGCAAAUAAUCUCCAGGCUUGAAGAAAUCCAUCACAUUCUUGCUCGUGCUAGACGUUGGAAGGCAAGAGCACUCAAAUGCUUCCAGAAUUUUGAGGCCAUCCUCAAGAUCGAUCAAUCUAAUUCAAAAAGUCGGUCAUCACGCUCAACCACUUGCAGUUAUUAACUGCAGCAAUAUGCGUGGCUGCAUAUCUUUACGUCCAACAACAAUUCUACAGUUCGAUUAUCUCAGUGUGAGUUAAUUCUUCAAUUCUUUUCUAAACACGAAAUAGCUUUUGCAAUAAUAUGUUUGUUGAAUC